GCGGGCGGGCUUCCGGAGGCGGGCAACAUGGCGGCGCUGACCCGGCUGGCCCCUGUCCUUCGCGUCGCAGGCCCUCUCUUCCGAGCGGCGGGAGGCAGUGGAGUCCGUCAUGCUGGCGGCGGGGUGCACAUCGAGCCCCAGUACAGACAGUUUCCCCAGCUGACCAGGUCCCAGCUGAUCAGGGGCGAGGUCUUCAGCGCAACCAUGUGGUUUUGGAUUCUCUGGCGCUUUUGGCAUGACUCCGACGCUGUGCUGGGGCACUUCCCGUAUCCAGAUCCUGCCCAGUGGACAGAUGAAGAGCUGGGCAUCCUCCCUGACGAUGAAGACUGAUGUGCACACGCGGCUCUUCUCAGGAGCCCGGCGAGAGUGGAGAAGCCUGGACUUCAUGGCGCACGUUAAGCUGUAAAUUAAAGCGGUUUGCUCGCACCGGA